UUGCCUUUUUUAACCUUUUAAAUUCUAACCUUUUGCUCGAUUUGAUGUUCGUCUGUAAACAUGUAUAAAAAGCCUGCGGCGCUGAAAUUGAGAAAUUUGGAGGUAUUCUCGGAGGUAAAGUGGAUGGGUGUUGGGUGGGACACGCCCUCCUUGUCGCGGGCCACCUUGUCGCGACCACCUUGUCGCGACCACCAUGUCGCAGGCCACCUUGUCGCAGGCCCACCUUGUCGCAGGCCACCUUGUCACAAAGGGGUGAAAAAUUUUUAUGCUGCCAUGGAGGUUAGGAAAAGGCCUCUGGGCACGAUCGGGGUUUUCUGGAGUAAUUUGGAUCGGUUUUACUCCUUCAAAAACUCCGGCAGAAUCUACCCGGAUAAGAGAAAAAUAAUAAAAUGAAAAAAAGGCAAUCCCGGAGAAUCGUGGUCCCUGCG